AUGGACUAUAUAGCAAGACUGGAGUACAUCAAGUAUAGUAAUAUUUGUUUCCGGAAUGAAGGAGCAGCUGCAGAGUUGUGGGAUGAGUACUUAACUCUCUCACCCUCACAGGAAUAUAUGCGAUUGAAUGCACACGGAAGUUUUGAAAACGAACAAAGUCUGAAACUGGCUCAGACCAAAGUGCUCGAUAUAUGGAUCCCGAACAGUAGAGUUGGUGAUAUUUUGAAGAAUUUCAAGGGAAGACAACUGUUUAUAAGUGGUGGGAUAGUCACAGAUGAUGAUGUCAUUCAGUUUCUGGACAGUUGGAUGUCAAGUCAAACACAUCAAAGUUUGGAGUACUUGAAUAUAAAUCGAGGGAGAGGAACUGAUCUAAAUCCAGAGAAAAUAAUGAGAAAUAUUAAUAUAAAACGAUUUGAUCCAAAUCAGAAGAGGCCGGUUUAUCGCUAUGAUAGAAGAAGAAGAGAUUGGGGUAAAUGCGACUGGAAAAUAGAAGAAUUCAGUAGUCCAAACUUCAUAAUUCGAGAUGCUGAUCAACACGUGGCAUCAUUGGGAAUCACAACUAGAGGAAUCCAAUUCGUUUCAUGGAAAAUGAGAGAAGAAGAGGUUAUGAGAGAAAGGAUUCAGAAGAAUUUCCAGAAAACUCCUAUCCAAAAAGCAGACCCUCCCAGAAAUUCCAUCAAAUUUUCGAAGUUUUCAUGGCUAAUUCAAAAAGAGAUAUUGUCGAAUAUGGAAUUGGUGGAUCUGUUGAUGAUGGUUUCUUGUUCUCAGAAAUUAUAUCAAAAGAUGAAAUUAAUAAUGAGAAGCCGUUUCGACAAUAUACUCACAAUCACUUAUGAGUCGAGUCCGCUGUCGUACAUCAACAUUUCGUCAUCUAGUAGUGGAGACGAAUCAUUUAUGAGUCUCAAUCUGAGAAAUGACUUCAUAGGCCGUCCACUUAUCCCAAUGAAUCUUCUCGGAAUGGAUUUACAAGUGAGUAUGCCAACCAGAAAUCAUCCACUUAUGGUACUACUCCAUUUGGAACAGGAACAAACACUGCUUCCAUCUAUCCACAAUUAUUUCCUCGACUUCUUUGGUUUGUCCAUCAAAUAUCACUUAAAUGUUUACUACCUGUGGCGACAAUAUUCAAAAAUGAAUAAUAUCAGUAGUACAGAUAUAUCCAAUCACAUAGGAGUAGCUGCGUUCCACGACUUCCUUAGGAUCUCUCCUAAUCAGGAUUAUAUCAAACUACCUAAAUUAGAAAGCAACACAGGGUUACAAUUGGAGAGCCCUUUGCUUGAAAGAAAAUGGAAAUUUGCUAGGACGACAGUGUUAGAUAUUGAUAGAACGAAUCGGUUGGCAGAAGACAUUUUAUCCAAUUUCGAAGGAAGACAAUUGUUUAUUAACAAAGGAAUUAUAAGCGAUACAGCAAUAAUCCAAUUUCUGAACAAGUGGAGAUUGAAUGAAGGAUAUCAGAAUUUGGAGUAUUUGAGUAUUACUGUCUGUCCAUUUACACAUCCUCUCAAUCCGAAGCAAAUAAUGAAUAGUAUUCCAAUCAAUCGAUUAGAUUCAUCUGCUCAACUGCCAGUUUACCAAUUUGCAAAGAAAGAUUGGGCACGUACUUGGAGAAUUCACAAAUUCACCAGUCAAAAUUACAUUGUUAGAGAUUCGGACAAACACGUGGCGUCCAUAAUUAUUAAGGAGAACAAUAUCACAUUUGCCGCAUCGAAUAUGACUGAAAAGGAGUUUUUGGAGAAACGCCCCGUCAAGAGACUCUAUUGA